CCCAAGAGAGAACUCAAUGCAGUGAAAAACCAUGCACUGCUUCCAGCUCCAUCACCACCAUUGCCUCCUUCCUCGCUUCCUCUCUCCUCCCUUCCGAGCUUCCAAACCCUCGGUUGAAUGGAGAUCCCUUCGCCUCCUCCCCAGGUCCUCCUCCACUUCCUCUGCAUACGCUCCUGAUGAGGACCCCGUCGACGAGGAUUUCCUCAAGGACUUCAAACCCCGUGAGAAGGAAACGGAGGACGAGGCCCGCCGCCGGAACUGGAUCGAGCGUGGCUGGGCUCCAUGGGAGGAGAUCCUCACGCCGGAGGCUGAUUUCGCUCGCAAAGCCCUCAAUGAGGGCGAAGAAGUCCCUCUUCAAUCCCCUGAAGCCAUCGAGGCUCACAAGAUGCUCACUCCGUCGUACCGCCGCAAGAAGAUGGAGGAGAGCGGGCUCUCCGAGGAGGAAUACCAGGCGAAGCAGUUUGAGAUUAAGGGAGAGAUACCGGAGCCACUGGAGACUUCUUGGGAUGGGCCUUUGGUGACCCGGCUUGUGCCGCCGAGGGACUGGCCUCCCAGAGGAUGGGAGGUGGAUAAGAAGGAGCUGGAGUUUAUUAGGGAGGCGCAUAAGAUGCUCGCUGAGAGGGUUGAUGUUGAGAAGAUGGAGGGAGUGAGGGUGGAUAAGGAUACGGAUGUGGGAAUUAUGUGUUUGGAUAGGUACAAGGUUUUCUUGAAGCAGUACAAUGAGUGGGUUGCAGCGAAUAAAGAUCGGUUGGAGGAGGAGUCAUACAAGUUUGAUCAAGAUUAUUAUCCUGGUAGGAGAAAACGAGGCAAGGACUACAAAGACGGCAUGCUUGAGCUUCCCUUUUUUUACCCUGGGCAGGUCUGCAUGGGAAAGGUGGUAACUCUGCACCUUCACCAAGGAGCCUUUGUUGACAUUGGAGGUGUCUAUGAUGGAUGGGUUCCCAUAAAAGGAAAUGAUUGGUACUGGAUUCGCCAUCAUGUAAAGGUUGGCAUGCGUGUAAUUGUUGAAAUUCUGGCCAAGCGAGAUCCAUAUCGCUUUCGAUUUCCCCUUGAAAUGCGCCUGGUUGAUCCAAACAUAGACCAUCUUUUAUUUAAUAGAUUUGACUAUCCACCAAUAUUUCAUCGCAAAGAGGAUACAAAUCCAGAAGAAUUAUGGCGGGAUUGUGGAAGGGCACCCAUUCCUAGAAGAAAGCCAAAAUUCAAAAUAGAAGAACAAUCCUUGUUAUCAAAUCAUCCUUAUGUAGAUAAGCUAUGGCACUUACAUAAUGCAGAACAACUGAUUCUGGAUGAUGAGGAUGCAAACCCUGAUAAAUAUAAGGAUAAGAAACCUUUGAAGAAUUUGGAGCCUUUUGAUGAAGAAAACAGUGUUGAAUAUACCAAAGCAUACUUCAAGAAAGCUUUAAUUCCAAAGGUGAUUCUGAAUACAAAUGUGGAGGAACUUGAGUUGGAUGCUGCUCGUGCUGAGCGUCAGAUGCUUUACAAAUUAAAGAAGGAAGCAAAUGAAAGAGGAGAAGAAUUUAAACUUCCAAAGUUGAGACGAAUGAUUGAAAUGGAUGAGUAUGACCUGAUGCAUUGGCGACGUUCAUUAGAAGAAAGAGAAGCUUUGAUUAGAGAUAUUAGCAGCCGGAAAGCUCUAGGACUUCCACUAGAUGAACCAGGAAGAUACAUAGAUGAGAGGCUAUUUAUGAAAGACAAAUAUGAUCCAUCAAGCCCAUUGUACCGUUAUGACUACUGGGGUGAGCCGAAGAACUCAGAAAAGAGCAGGCAGCAGAGAGAGACUGAAAAUCACAACAAGGCCAUUGUUGGAAAUCGUAUUGUUUGGUAUGAGAUGUCAUAUGAAGAGGCAAUGAAGCAAAAAAUGCGUCGAGAAGCCCGGAAGAAAGCAAUGCCAAAAGUCGAAGAAAAGGAAGUUUCUGAUCAAGGUGACAAGGACGACGAGGACGAGGAUGAGGAUGAAAUCAUCUAUAGUAUACUAAGUGAUGCCCUUUCGGACUCGGAGAACAAACCAUUUGUUAAUGGCACUGAAUCUCCAAGGAUGGCAGAUGAGGGAAUGUUUGAGAACUAGAUAUCAUUUUAUGCAUCCUUUGAUAGUUGUUCCACACAGUUAAUUCAUCACAAUCUACCCAAUGAUCUGUUGUCAGAAGCAUAUAUGUACCUUCCAGCAACAAAAGCAACAGAUCAUGGAUUGAUUUUGGAGAAUUUCAAGCACAAACAAGCCUUUUGGUUCUCAUGGUUGGAUUAAUUCUUUUGGAUCAGCUAUUUGUAUUUAUUUUAAAAAUUCAAUGAUGAGGAGAUGGUGGUUUGCUGAACAAACAAAACCCUAAUCUGUUUUUAUUGUGAUGUUAAUAGUUGUCAAACCUAGCUAUAGAGUAACUUUGGCAAAGCAAAACUACUGAUAAAAACUAAAUCAGUGUGCUGUUGAAACACUGUGUAUGUUUUUUUUUUCUAAA